CUUAUCACUACAUAACUAUCAAGUUAAUUGUUGUUGAAGUUUUUGUUUUCACCUAAAUCAAAUCACCGGAGCUAUCUGAAUGAUUCGGAACAUCACUCGAAGGAUGUCUUCAAUCGAUAUAUCAGCAUUACGUAUAAAGUACAAAGAGCAGAAGGAUGUUUUCCUUGAAUCCAGCAUUGAAGUGAAAGAACCAUUCAGCCUGUUUCGAAAAUGGUUCGAUGAGGCAUGCAACACACCGGAGAUCAUAGAACCGAACGCGAUGUGCCUGGCAACAGCGACGAAGGAUGCGAUUCCUUCCGCUCGAUUCGUACUGCUGAAAGAUAUUACCGAUCAGGGAUUCACCUUUUUCACUAACUAUGAAAGCCGUAAAGCAGAUGAAAUUGCCGCCAACCCCAAUGUGGCCCUCACAUUCUACUGGCUGCCACUGAGACGUUCGGUCCGCAUCGAGGGUUCGGCGGAGAAAGUUCCCCGUGGCGAGUCGGAAGCCUACUUUCAUCAGCGUCCUCGUGCCAGCCAAAUCGGCGCUCUGGCCAGCCCACAAAGUCAACCGAUUCCAAACCGCGACUAUCUGGAUCAGAAGGAGCAGUCCAUCAAGGACCAACUGGGACCGGACGGUGAAGUUCCGUUGCCAAACUGGGGUGGAUAUUUGGUGCGACCGCGCACGAUCGAGUUCUGGCAGGGACAAACCAAUCGGCUGCAUGACCGCAUUCGAUUCCGGCAACAGUUAAAGGAGGGAGAAAAGGCUGACGGAGAAGUGCUGCAUCAAGGAGAAGGUGGAUGGUUCUAUGAUCGGCUGGCUCCAUAAGAUGGGUUGUUGGUGGCUGGUUGUUUAUAGCAUUUAAUGCAUUGGUUUUUUGGUAUAUGAAAUAUAUCUUUGUUUGUUUAUCAGUUUA